UAGUGCACCGGUUUGGAACGUCGUGUCGCCAGCGGGCUGUCAGUUGGGGGGAGAGAGGACAGAGGAGGAAUCGGUCCAGCAUCUCUGGAGCAGCGGAGCGAAGCGGAUGACAGCGGCACACAGCAGCUAAAAUGAGGAGAUUUUAGCUCGAUGUUUCCCCACACUGGAUGUUUAAAACGUGGAUGUUUAAAGACUGACCCUGCUCGUCUGCCGUAGAUCAGCGCGGAGAUCUGACUUUAUUCUAUCAAUGAGAUAUGUGGAGUGGCUCUACCGCCCGGUGGUAACGCAGAAAAACACAAGAUGAAGAAGCAGUUCAACCGAAUGAGACAGCUCGCCAACCAAACAGUGGGCAGGGCUGAAAAAACAGAAGUAUUAAGUGAAGAUCUACUACAGGUGGAGAAACGUCUGGAGCUGGUCAAGCAGGUUUCCCACAGCACACACAAGAAGUUGACCGCCUGUCUGCAGGGCCAGCAGGGCGUGGACGUGGACAAGAAGUCUGUCAGGUCGCCCUCGAAGAAGCUUCCUCUUACAACACUAGCACAAUGUAUGGUGGAGGGGGCGGCUGUGCUCGGGGACGAGUCUCUACUAGGGAAGAUGCUGAAGCUCUGCGGCGAGACGCAGGAAAAACUCGCUCACGAGCUCAUCUUGUUCGAGCUCACCAUCGAGAGGGACGUCGUCGACCCUCUGUACGACCUCGCAGAGGUGGAAAUCCCAAAUAUCCAGAAACAAAGGAAACAUUUAGCGAAGCUGGUCCUGGACAUGGACUCAGCGCGCACACGGUAUUAUCAGUCCACAAAGUCUUCAGGACUGUCUAGCAACCUGCAGCCAACGGGAGCCAAGGCCGACCACCUCAGGGAAGAGAUGGAGGAGGCAGCCAACCGCAUGGAGAUAUGUCGAGAUCAGCUAUCGGCAGACAUGUACAGUUUUGUGGCCAAAGAAAUGGACUAUGCAAGCUACUUCCAGACACUGAUAGAAGUCCAGGCAGAGUACCACAGGAAGUCAUUAGAGCUGCUUCAGAGUGUGCUGCCUCAGAUCAAAGCUCAUCAGGAGACCUGGGUGGAGAAGCCGUGCUACGGGAAACCAUUAGAGGAGCACUUAGCACUCAGCGGGAGAGAUAUUGCCUUCCCCAUCGAGGCCUGUGUCACCAUGCUGCUGGAGUGCGGCAUGCAGGAGGAGGGUUUGUUCAGAAUCGCUCCGUCGGCCUCCAAACUGAAGAAGCUGAAGGCGUCUUUGGACUGCGGCGUGAUGGAUGUUCAGGAGUACUCUGCAGACCCUCACGCCAUCGCAGGGGCUUUGAAGUCCUACCUGCGGGAGCUUCCUGAGCCGUUAAUGACAUACGAGCUCUACAACGACUGGAUCCAGGCCUCCAACAUUCAAGAUCAAGACAAGAGACUGCAGGCUCUCCUCAACGCCUGUGAGAAACUACCCCCAGCUAACAACAACAACUUUAAGUAUUUGAUCAAAUUCCUCUCCAAACUGACCGAAGACCAGGAUGUGAACAAGAUGACGCCUGGAAACAUCGCUAUUGUCCUCGGGCCGAACCUGCUGUGGAUGCACAACGAAGGAAACAUCCCAGAGAUGAUGACCACAGUUUCCCUGCAGAUCGUCGGCAUCAUCGAGCCCAUCAUCCAGCACGCUGACUGGUUCUUCCCUGGAGAAAUCGAGUUCAACGUCACGGGGAACUACGGAAGCCCAGUCCACACCAACCACAACUCCAACUACAGCUCGAUGCCGUCUCCGGACAUGGAGCAGAUGGAGCGGAAGCAGAACGACCAGAGUCGACGGCCGCUCAGCGUCGCCACGGACAACAUGAUGCUGGAGUUCUACAAGAAGGACGGCAUUAGGAAGAUACAAAGCAUGGGUGUCAGGGUGAUGGACACUACUUGGGUGUCACGCAGGGGCUCGUCUUCUACGCGUAAAAGCUCUUCCACGCCACCGAGCGUGCAUCCCCCUCUCCCGCCCACUGACGCUCUCAUCCCCGAGCAGCCUGGGGAUUUCUCUGCCUCCCCCUCCCCCACCCCUCCUCCCACUAACAGCGACCGAGCCAGUCCAAGCAUCAUUAAAAGCAUAACAGUCCAUUGUCGCAAGGCCCUGCAAUGGAUGAGCUCGGAUGAUGCAUCCUCCAAUUGGUCGGACUCCGGUUACGCCUACCCCUCCCCUGAGGAGGAGAGGCCGCCUCCCCCUUACCCCUCUUCCUCAUCUUCCUCCUCCUCCUCCUCUUGCUCUUCCUACUCGCUCCCUCACCACCAUUUCUAUACCCGAGCACCUCCGGGUAUGCGUCCAGUCGCUCCCAAUCCCGAAUCCGUGCCUCCCGGCCCGUCACCUCCCUCCCGUCGCUGUGGCUACAGCCCACCCUCACUCCCACACUCCCUCUGCCCAUCCCCUCAGCCGCUUGACGUCAACUCCAACCCCAAACCAAAUUCCUUGCACCUGCCCAAACAGGCCUCCCUGUCCGAUGCUUCGCAUGCCGCCCCGUCCGAAACGAAUGGCUCCACCCUUUACAUCAAACCCCCGCUCGUUGUUACUCGUCACGAUCUGUUCCUGGGCUCCCCCAAACCCCCCAACACCCCCCUAUCUGCUCCCCCUCCAUGGGCAGCCUGUGCCUGUAGCCGGGAGAGAGGAGCCAAGCUGACUAGUACUCUAAAGAACAAGGAGCUGUCUCCAGUGAUCGGACAGAAGGGACUCCAGGGGACGAUGACCUCUAGUGGACAGUCUGAUCACAGCCCACUCACCCUGAGGAGAGCUAAGAAGCUGGCCCCGAUCCCACCUAAAGCCCCGUACUGCCAGUCAGGAGCCAUGUCUGACCAGUCGACAGGUCAGCCGUCUCCAGUCAGCCUGUCGCCCACCCCUCCCAGCACGCCCUCCCCGUACAGCUUCAGCUACCCGCAGGGAUACGCCACCAUUGGCUCCCCGGGACAGAUCCAGAUGGCCACCACCCCGUGUCUCUCCUCUCCACCCUCGCUGGCCGGGACUCUCACCAAGACUCGGCCGACCCCGAAGCCGCCUCGACAGAGGCCCAGCUUACCUCCUCCUCAGCCCCCCAGCACGCCGGGCACCAGCCCCCAGCCUCUGGACCAUUCCACAGGCCUCCUGGACGGUUUGUCUCCUGGGGAGAGCAUGUCCACAGAUUCUCUCUGCAACUUGGACAUCCCCAUCAUUGACGUGGACCUGGACUGUAUUUUUGACUUGCCCCACAUCUCCCCCUUCAGGAACUCAGUGGCACGGUUUGAGUCGUCCAACAACAGAGCGGAGUCGGAGGAAGAGUGCGAGAGUACAGUGCUAUGACGCCACUGAGUCCCCUUCCUCCCUCCCCCACCCGUCAGCUGAUUUAAUGAAACCCAACGCUACUGCUGCACCGUCUCACUCAACAACAACAACAACAACAACAACAACAACAGAAAAACUCCACACACUCAAUCGUUGACCUUUCACCUCUCCAGCUGGAUUUCUUCAGCCUCACUCUGGAUCUCAUCCUCACACCUCACCUGUACUCGAUCCAGAGGGCUCGACUGGUAAAAACAUUUAGAAAAUAACAAAAAAUACGCACCUAAAAGAAAUCCUGAUCUCAUGAGGCGUUAGCGACAAUAUUGUCAGGGGACUUUUGAUCGGACACACAAUUUGACAUUUUAAUGUUGGCUGUUUUAUUUAAUGUUUUAUGUUUCUUUCUGCCUUAUUUUGAUUCACUUGCAAUAUUGCCUUUAACUUCGCACACGAGACUGGAAACAGGCUGCUGGGAGGAACGAGUGCUCUUUGCUGCUGCCGCUGCUUCUCGUGAGUUCAUUUUAAGAAGGAAGAACAACACAGUACUGUACAUCUGUCCUGCCAACACGUUCUCUUUCUGUUUAUCUCCCAUCAUCCUUCAUUCCUCAGGGGUAUCAGUUGAAAUGCCUUGCUGUGGCAUGUGGUGGCAAACACACCCCCCCCCCCGAAUUUCUGUCCCACCUGAGCGUUCACUGUGAGUGUGCCAGUAUGUCGUUUUGGAAAGUGUGUGUGUGUGUGUGUGUGUGUGUGUGUGUGUGUGUGUGUGUGUGUGUGUGUGUUUAUAUGUGUUUGGUAAUUGUACUUUAUGAUGUUGCACUGUUGGCGUCGUGGAGCAUAAACAGGAAUGCAUGUUUUAGAGAUUUAGGAAAAUAAUUCCCAGGUUGCAAAGAGCUCAAUCACACAAUCAGGAUAUGAAUCACUGAAUAUUUAUUGUUUAUAUUGUACAUUUUCAGAAUAUAUGAUACAAUUAACAUUUUAAAUCAAAUCAGAUCAUAUUUUGUAUCUACAGGAGAGCUAUAAAGACAGUUUCCUCCACAUAGAAUUGAGUAGAUGCUGUCAGGGAGCUAUUAAACAUAUGAGAUGCAUAGUUUAUGAAAGGUACAGAAUGCAAAAGGUCUAGUAAGCUGGAGAAUUAACAACUCCAUGUGAUUACACACAAUUAUUUUGGCAGCAAGCUUACAAGUUUACGUGGGAUACUUCAUUUUCCCAUGUCGAGUAAUUUUCGAGAACGUGGAGCUGAAUCCGCAGAGAGACAUUGAUGCCUGGAGUGUGCCAACAGAACAUAUGCUCAAAUUAAUAAUUAUUAAUUGUCCAGCUGUUUUGUAUUGGCAGGAGUGUGGCCAAUCAGAGCUCCUGCUGCUGCUCUGAGGGUUGAACUUUCUUUAAAGGUGCCCUGUGGAGUUUUCUUAUAAAUGAACAAAAGUUAUGUUUACAUUCAGUGUUUCUCUUGAAACACAAAAAAAUAUCUUGAAUGCAUUUUCUUCCCCAUAAAACAUUAGCAAAGCCAAAUU